ACCUGCAGCAAGAACCAGGGCUCUGCCUGGGACAAACUGGAACCUCCGUGGCAGCGGCUGGGCUGGGAGCGGGGAAAGGCGACCCAGCAAAGAAAGACCAAGCGACAGAGGGUUGGAGCACAGCUGGGAGCCAUCCUGCGUGUGGGGUAGGACACCAGCACUGAGCAGCAGGUUUGCCCAAACAGCUGAGUCCUCAGCUCCUGGGGAAGAUGAGUAUUUCAUCGGAGCACAAGCCCCUUGGGAAGCAGGUCACCGGCAACCUGCAUAUGGUGAGUAAGUUGUCACCAAUUGUGGAGUUAAAUGUUGGUGGGGAGAUGUACACGACAACACUGAGCACCUUGAAGAAACACCCUGGCUCCAAGCUGGCAGAGAUGUUCACCGGCCAGCCCAAACUCAGGACUGACUCUGAAGGGAGGUUCUUCAUUGACAGGCCAGGCACCUACUUCAAAUACAUCUUGGAAUACCUGCGCAGUAACCAAGUGCCCACCCAGUGCAUCCAGGACGUCUACAAGGAGGCGUUGUUCUAUGACAUAGAACCUUUGAUCAAGCAGCUUGAGGACUCCCCACAGAUCUUUGGGGAGCUCGUGGCGAGGAGGCAGUUUCUGGCUCGUGUGCCCAACUACAGCGAGAACAUCGAGCUGAUGAUCCGCAUCGCCAGGGCAGAAGCGGUUGCAUCCCGACAGUCCAGCGUCAUCGUAUGCGUGGUCAGAACCGAGGAGGACGCAGCCAGGUGUCAGGAUGCCUUGAACAGUUUGGACACGGAUAAAAAAUCUGUGGUGAAGUUUGGCCCCUGGAAGGCUGUGCCAAGUAUUUCUGAUCUGCUGGACUGCAUUCAAAUGGAUGUUGAAGCCAAAGGGUAUAAAAUAUCCUUUCAGCCCCAUGUUGCUGAAAAAGGUUUUCGCUUCAAAUCGCAUGACUUCUUCUACAAGUUCCUGUUCACCUGGUGGUAGCAAAGUGCCACCAUUGGUAGGGAACAUUAGAAAGCAAUCACUGGAACAAAUUAACCUGGACUGUGGAGACUAAACCACGAGCUACCAGAGGGACAGGAUGAAAUGCACAGGCCAACAAAAGGAUCUCCUUUGGCUGUUUGCCAUAUCAAGGAGCACUUAAGAGCCACUUUACUUGGGCUUUAGGGGAUAACUUCUUAGGGGAUGUAAAAGGCUCCAGAAAAAGGACGAAUUUUACUCUUCAGUGUUGCUUACUAUUCAUUCAGUUCAAAGAGAUGGAUCUGUGAAUAGAGCCAACCUCACUCAACCUAAGGGAAAUGAAUAAUCCCAAAUAUGUCUCGUGGACAUGUAGAGUUGCUCUCUCAGUGCAAAUGGGAACAGGCCAUAUAUGUGGAAAUCCUGACUGAAACAGUGAUAUUACCACAUACUUGAAUUAAAUUUAGUUUCUAAAUGGGAAGGCAAAAGCUAUUUUUCUCUCUCCUUUCUACACUAGAAUCUGGGUUAAAAGGAAGGAUUCAGUUCCUUUGAUCGCUUCUUAUUCCUCCAGCAGACAGCCUACUCUCUACUCAAUGUAUUUAUUACAAUUAUUUAUUAUUUGUUCUGAAGGAAAGACAGAGAACCUCAUCUACGGUCCAUGAUCAACAAAAGGCAAAAACAUCACUGAUGUGAGGAGUUUAUAAUCUAAGGAUGCACACUCCUCUUUCAGACCACACAAUCUUAAUCUCUUUCUUAUGACACUCAUUAUUAUUAUGAUGCUAUUUCUAACUACAUAAGCUCCUGGAAGAAUUGGGAAAACCUGCCACGAUUUGGUGGGAAGGAAGUGGUACUGAAGCAACAACCUGCAAAUUCUCUUUUACAGAACACAAGUUGCAUUCUACAAUGUGUUUUUUAAAAUCUUAGAAUUUGAAAGUUUAUUUUUUUACUGGAGAUUUUUUUUAAUCACUCUGAGAAUCAUAAUGGCUGAUUUGAUAAGGAUCAUAUUUCUUUUACUUCUUGGAAGAUGGAUUUCUUCCAGUCAAGGACAAUAACCAUAGAAUCAUAGAAUGAUCCCUGGGAUUUCAAAGAAAUAAAUAUUAAAAUUUUUUUGAAUGAUGCAGAAGUGCUUUAUUUACUGACAUUUU